AGAAACGUUAUCUCGUCUUUCCCGCGCGUCCAUGGCCAUGGCUUCUCCGCCCCACACUCCACUGGCGGCCGCCGCCAUCUCCAUCACCUGCUCCUCCAGCAAAUCCUACGACGAUGCCGCCGCCGCCACCUCCUCUUACUGGUCUCUCUCCUCCGGCAGCGCGCCUCCCUCCUCGCAGGGCGCGCGGCGGCGGCGCCCGCCGCCCUACCGGCGGCUCCUCCACGACGAGGCGCAGCGCCUCCGCCGCGAGCGCCGUUCGCAGGGCGCCGGCGCGGAGACGCCCCGGUGGGUCCGCCGCACGGACGCCCAGAUGGCCCGGUACAUCGAGGACGACCGCGCCGGCCACAUCCACGGCCGCCUCGUCGUCGCCGCCGCCCGCGCCGUCCGCGCCACGGCGUCCCGCCCGCCGGGGUCCGUCAGGGUGGCCAUGGCCUCCUUCGUCUCCAAGCUCACCUUCCGCGAGAUGUGCGUCGUUCUGUCCCAGCAGCGCGGGCCGCGCCAGGCCCAGGAGUUCUUCGCCUGGAUGAAGCUUCAGCUGUGCUACGAGCCCAGCGUGGUCGCCUACACGAUCCUGCUCAGACUGUAUGGCCAGGUGGGCAAGAUCAAGCUGGCCGAGGAGACAUUCCUGGAGAUGCUGGAGGUCGGCGUGGAGCCCGACGCGGUGGCGUGCGGGACCCUGCUGUGCACCUAUGCGCGGCGGGGGCAGCACACCGACAUGAUGCUCUUCUACGCUGCUGUGCGCAGGCGCGGGGUGGUACCGCCGGUUUCUGCCUUCAAUUUCAUGGUCUCGUCCCUGCAGAAGGACAAGCUCCAUGGCAAGGUCAUUUACCUCUGGAACCAGAUGAGGGAAACCAAUGUGGUGCCCAAUCAGUUCACUUACACGAUUGUGAUCGGCUCAUAUGUCAAGGAGAGUUUAUUGGAGGAAGCCAUGAAUGUGUGGAGGAAGAUGAAGAGGUCUAGGUUUGUUCCAGAGGAGGCCACGUAUAGCGGUCUGAUCAGUUUGAGUGCCAGGCAUGGCAGAGGGGAGCAGGCAUUGGGGCUCUAUGAGGAGAUGAGGGCUCAUGGCAUUGUCCCCAGCAACUACACCUGUGCAUCCCUCCUAUCACUCUAUUACAAGACUGAGGACUACUCCAAGGCGCUUUCGCUCUUCGCCGAGAUGGAACAGAGCAGGAUUGUCCCUGAUGAGGUCAUCUAUGGGAUCCUUGUCAGGAUUUACGGUAAAGUCGGGCUUUACGAGGAUGCACAAUGCACAUUUGAGGAAAUCGACAGGGCGGAUCUUCUGAGUGAUGAGCAAACCUAUGUUGCGAUGGCUCAGGUCCACAUGAAUGCUGGGAACUAUGAUAGAGCAUUGCAAGUUUUGGAUUCCAUGAGGCUGAGGAAUGUGGAGCCGUCGCUGUUUUCUUACAGCGCUGUUCUCCGGUGCCAUGUUGCAAAGGAAGACAUAGCUGCUGCAGAAGAUGCCUUCAGAGCUCUCUCCAAAUGUGGCAUCCCUGAUGUGUUCUGCUGCAAUGAUCUCCUCAGGUUAUAUGUCAAGUUGGGCCAACUGGAGAAGGCCAGUGCACUCAUUCUGAAGUUGAGAAAAGAGGUCCAGCUUGAUGAGGGCCUCUGUAUGACUGUGAUGGAAGUUUGCUGCAAAAGUGGGAUGAUUGUGGAUGCAGAUAAGAUACUGAAAGAGAUGCAAAAGAAUAGAGUGGCCAUGAAGAAUUCAGCAAUGGUGUCUCUUAUAGAGAUGUAUGCUAGGAAUACAACUAGUGUGGUUCAGGAAGAAGAUAAUUCCUCAAAGACGCUAGAUUGUCGGACAGACAGUUCAUCGCUCAGCACAACGUUGAAAUUGUUGUUGGACACACCUGGGGGUUCUUCAGCCGCAUGCCAACUGAUAAGAAAAUUUGCUAGGGAAGGAAAUACAGAAGAGGCAAAAUUCCUUCAUGAACAGCUGAAUGAAUUGGGAGUGAAGCCUGAAGAUUCUGCAACAGCUACUUUGAUUGUCCAAUAUGGCCAACUACAGAAGUUACAGCAAGCAGAGGAACUGUUCAAGGCAUCGGCAUCGUUUCCGGUAGGAGGGCCUGUCUACAAUGCCAUGGUUGAUGCAUUAUGUAAGUGUGGCAAAACUGCGGAGGCAUAUAAUCUUUUCAUGGAAAUGGCUGAUCGAGGCCAUAGCAGAGAUGCUGUGACAAUUAGCAUACUAGUCAGUCACCUGACUAAGCAUGGGAAAUUUCAGGAGGCAGAAAACAUUAUAAAUGGCUGUUUCCAUGGUAAAGUUCAGCUUGAUACCGUCGUGUACAAUACAUUUAUCAAGUCAAUGCUUGAGUCAGGCAAACUGUACUCAGCUGUCAGCAUACACGACCGCAUGAUAUCCUCCGGCAUUCCCCAGUCCUUGCAGACAUUCAAUAUAAUGAUAAGUGUUUAUGGCCAAGGAGGAAAGCUGGACAAGGCUACCGAAAUGUUUACUGCUGCACAAGAGCUAGGCUUAAGGAUCGACGAGAAGACAUAUACAAACAUGCUUAGCUUCUAUGGAAAAGCUGGGAGGCAUCAGGAUGCCUCUGUGCUAUUCACUAGAAUGAAGGAAGAAGGUAUCAUGCCUGGAAAGUGCAGAUCAGCUUCAAUUCCAUGGUCAAUGUCUAUGCCACUUCAGGGCUGCAUGAUAAGGCCAAGUUUAUAUUCGAAGAGAUGCAAUCAAGCGGUCAGAUUCCUGAGUCGUUGACGUACCUCGCACUGAUCAAGGCAUACACAGAGGGUAGAAGCUACUCCAAAGCUGAGGAAGCCAUCCAGAUGAUGCUGACGAGCAACAUAACCCUUUCUUGCCCUCAUUUCAACCACCUCAUUUUCGCCUUUCUAAAAGAAGGGAAGAUUGACGAAGCCAGGAGGAUCUGCAACGAAAUGGAGGAUCUUGGUGUGGCUCCUGACUUGGCAUGUUGUCGAACCAUGAUGAGGGUGUAUCUGGAAUAUGGUUGUUGCAGCGAAGGCAUAUCUCUCUUCAAGACUACCUGUGGAUCGCUGAAACCUGACAGCUUCAUCCUGAGUGCUGCCUUCCAUCUUUUUGAGCAUUCAGGCAGGGAGUUUGAGGCUGGGGAUGUCCUGGAUGCCAUCAGCCUACAUGGUGCCUCUUUCCUUAGGAAUCUGAAGGUUGGAUCAAAGUUGGGAGAAAUUGAAUAGAGCUCACUGUAUGUAGCUUGAGCAAAGAUGGAAUGGUUAAAGAUGUGUUCUUCCUUUUUAGAAGAAAAACAAGGUAAACAUCCAUCUUGUUACAAUCAAAGGAGCAAAUGACAUAUGUGCUGCAGGAUGUAGCCACAACAAAAUUAAUGAUGCUCAAUCAGCCAGAAGGCAUCAAAACCAGAUUUACCAAA